AUGCUGGCUGCUGGCCUGCUGCGAGCCUGCGAUGUGCGGCUGCGUGGGCACGGCCGCUGCUGCCUGCUGCCUCCGGGAUCCCGGCGCAGCGGCGCCUCCGUCGGCCGUUGGGUCGUGGACCUCCUCGACGGCGUCGCUGUGCGGUACGAGGCUGUCGAGCGGCGCACGCCCACGCCGGGCCUCCGGCGGCGGCACGCGGAGCGGGAGCACCAGCAAUACGCGGCGGCCCGGAACGCGGCCGUGAGUGGCGUCGUCCCGGGGCCCGCCGGUGGCGGGGAGAAGGGGUGGCGGCGGCCGCUCAUCACGCACUUCGUGGGCUGCCAGCCCUGCAGCGGCGGUCGGAACCCGAUGUACUCCAGGGAGAGCUGCGACGACGGGAUGCGCCGCGCGCUGGCGUUCGCGGACGACCAGGUGCUCCGCGCGUACGGGUUCCGCCACGCCGCCCCGCUCAACGACAGCGUGCGGGUGCUGCCGUUCGACUAG